UUACAGAAACACGUGCAGCUCGAAACAAAAACAUUUCUGGAUUAAAUUUCACGAAAAUGAGCUUCACAACUGCUAAUAAGAAAAGCAACGAGUACACGGAGGAGCACAUCCUGUAUGUGGGAACUCACACGGGAUCCUUCAAGCGCCUCGACAUCAGUCAGGAGAAUCCAUUUCGCGAACAUCAAAUCGAAAAAGUCGAAAAACUCGAGAAAAACAACGGAAUCACAAGUCUCAGUUGGUCAAAUCCGAAGGAAAAGUCAGAAAUUCUCGUUGGCAGAGAGGAUGGCGUCGUAAAAGUGUUCGACUUUGUCAAAUUACAGCAUUCGUGGAAGUUGGAGGGCAAAGUUAUGGGCUUAGGAAAGUUUGAUGGGAAAAUCAUUGCUGCAGUAGAUAAUGGGGAUGUACAUUUGUUGUCAGAAAAUGCCGCGAAACCUGUAGAAACUCUCCAACUCUCGGGCGAUAACAUUUCGCGCCUUCGUCAAUGCUUGGAUGACCCGAAUUUAAUUGCCACGGGCGGCAAAGAGCGCAAAAAUAAUCUAAAAGUGAUAGAUUUGACAGCAAAAAAGGUCGUUUUUACCACGAAAAAUCUCCCGAAUGACGAAUUGGAUUUGGAAGUGCCUGUUUGGGACACGGAUUUUGCAUUUUUAACCCCAAAUGUGCUUGGGACUUGCUCUCGACAUGGCUACGUUCGUGUUUAUGACUCGAAACAGCAACGACGCCCCGUUUUCAACUACAAAAACGACAAAGAACAAAUAAGUUACGUGUCAAUGGCAGCGCAUGGCGACUUGAUUUUCGUCGGAGCGAAUUUGGGAGUCGUUCGGGCGUUCGAUCGACGCAGUAUGAAGCAUGCGGUGCACACGUACAAAGGAUUUGUGGGCAGUGUGACGAGUUUGGCGUUGGAUACGAAGGGAAAAUAUCUCGUGGCGGGCUGUUUGGAUCGAUAUGUGAGAGUUUUUGACGUUGAAUCGCCGAGCGCGCUGUUCCAAUGCUACGUAAAAUCCAAAGUGACGCAAGUUUUGUUGCAAGACAUCAAGGGAGAAGCCAUGGAUGGCACAGAAGAAGCCAUAAAACUCAAAGAACGCAACAGAAUUGAAAAUGAUCCCGAAUAUGAGGCACUUUUUAAUAACAUGCAGACUGUAGAGGAAGAAAAUAACGAAGAAGAAGCAAUCCCGACAAAAACAAAGCGAAAAAAUCAAGAAGCGGCACAAGUAAAGUCCAAAAAGAAGAAAGGAAAGGCCGUUUAACGUCGUAGCUCAUAAGAAAAUCCAAUAAAAAUCCACAAA